AUGACUGGACCGCCGGCUACUUUAUUCAUUCCAACAAGCAAGGUUAGUGACACCAGCAUUGGAGCUUGGAUUCAGGCAGACACGGUGGCCAAAAAACUAGUCCUCGAUCUUCCAUUUUAUGGUCGUGGAUGGCGUCUAGUGAAGGCUAAUAACCAUGGAAUAUUUGCAUUGGCUAAUGGGACUGCCGUAGAUGAAUUAAGGCAUAGCCAGAUUAAGGAUUUCAUAAGUGAUUAUUGUUACUUCAGGAUGACAUGGAUUGGUUUUGAUGAUUCUCAGAGCAUCUCUACGAAGGCAAGAGCAACAAAAUUAUUUGCUCUCACAGUGUGCCUUGCUAACCAAGUUGAAAAGGAAUUUAGGGUUGAUCUUGUGUCUGUAAUGAGCUGGCCUGUGGAGGCUUGGAGUCCUGCAAAAGCUUCUGCCAUGAGUGGGUCAGGGAAUAGGUCAUGUUGCAUUCUGAGGGUGGCCAGCACUUUACCUUGCCAAUCCCUUAUGACUGCUCCCACUCCCACUUUGCAGGUGGCUUUAGAGAUUGAUGCAUCCCAAUUCAGUUUUACUUUGCCUUGA